AUGUUACUAACGAAACCAAAUAAUUUAUCUAUUCAAUGUCGAAUUUUUUCAACAAGUGCUGUUAGCUGGAAUUUGAAUUUGUUGCGCAGACGUCGCGGACCUGCUGUUUCUCAAGCUUUUGCGGGAUAUGACGUCGAAAGGUUAGACGACUACAAGUUUGACGAUAUGACUAGCGCGGGACAAGAUUUAUUGUCAGCACAACGAGAAGUACGCAAAUAUUUGCGAAAAACUAAAUACGAGUUACCACGUUUAAAAAAAUUUGCAGAACCUUUUAAUCCACCAACCGAGAAGCAAAUUCUACGCUUUCAAAGAGAAUACUUGAUCGGUGAAAAAAGUCCAAUAAAGAAAAAGGUGAAACUGACAUUCUCUCUAUCCGAUCUAAUAACACACGCGAAUCUGACGCCCGCACAAGCGCACAAAUUUGUAUUGCUAUGCGGCACGCAUUACAGUCCACCGAAAUCGACCACGAAAUUUAAUAAGGAUGAAUUUCCGUAUCGAGGUGAAUUGAAGUUUGUUUGUGAAAAGUUCCCGUAUCAUGCUCAGAAUAAAAAGUAUCUGAGUGAUUUGUUAGAUCGAUUAAUUAAGGAAGCGAAGGAAGAGACAGAUACUUUUGAAGAUAUUCCCAUUGAUUUGCGACAUGUUAAAAAAAGAAAACCAAAACUAUGCUAUCCAAAGGAAUGGCUUCCAAAAAUAUUGAAUCAAGCAGAGUUAUGA